GUUCACGCACAUUUAAGACACAUUAAAGGUUAGAAUAUCUAACCUUUUUUUGUGCAAGGUUAUGUAUCAACUGGACGGAACAUAUAAGAGUAAUUUUCUAUGAACAGUGACGAAUAAGAACUAAGGACAACAUUGAAAACAAGUAAUCGCAAUUUUCAGUGUUGAAUAAAUUGCUGAUAAAGAAGCGAUUUCUAUUUCGAUGAACAUGAAUAAGACACCGGUUUCUAUUCUCCAAGAAAUGAUGGUGAAACAGGGUAUGAUACCUGAUUAUGAAUUGAUACAUGAUGGUGGAGGUCGCCACGUAAAUACUUUUACAUACAAAGUGACAUGUGAUGGCCUCAGUGCAAUUGGUAUGGGCCGUUGUAAAAAAGAUGCUAAACAUGAGGCUGCUAAAGCUAUGCUAACAGAGAUUGCUAAACAUAGAAACUAUCCGCAGCUACCAGCUGCGAGUACACCAGCACAGUCUCCUUCAAGAUCUCCAUUCCAUUCUAGUCCGCUCCCAGCAAAAAUAUCAGCAAAUGUACCAUUUGUUAAUGCUAUAGGUGAAUUACAGGAGCUUUGUGCUGAAAAUCACUUGAAAGACCCGGAAUAUAUUCUUGUCCGGGAUGUUGGACCACCACAUGCUAGAGUUUUCACAAUAAGAUGCACAGUAUCUAAUUUUAAGGAAGAUGGAGUGGCAACAACAAAGAAACAAGCAAAGCAUGAUGCCGCAAAAAGGAUGGUGGAAAGAAUAAAAGGUCUUGUGGAUGGAUUAAAUGAUCUGCAAAUAGACGAGGAUGAAGAAGAAUCUUCAGAUUCCAUAGAAACAAUGAAUAAGAAUGCAAGAGAGUGUUAUCAGACAUUGAUAAAAUCUAAAAUGGUUAAUUUAGGUAUUAAAUUAGAUGAUUAUCACAUCAAAUUGAAAGAUUCCUUGGAAGCAGAAAAACGCAGUAAAAUAUUACAAGAACUGCGUUGUAUCUUUCCUGAUAAACUUUCCGACAAUUCACAUGAAUAUGUUACUAAUGAAUUCUUAAUGGACAAGUUAUCUAGGGUAGAAACAUUAUUAUCAGAUGCCAAUAUAACACUUAAUAUGAAAGAGAUAGAAACAAAUGGUAAAUGUUUCGUCACAGCAAUAGUGCUUAAUACUUGCCCUUCUAUCACGCAGAUGGGUAAAGGAAACAACAAGACAAUUGCUUCUUGGGAAGCAUUACUUCAAAUAAUAAACUCUUUAACAAUACUCUUGUCAGAAUAAGUUACUGGAAUAGGAUUAACAAAUGCAAAACAAAUUUUUAUAUAAUACACAGUACUAAUAAAGGUACUAAAAUACUAACGUAUUUUGAGUAAAAGUACUAAAAAGUACUAAAGUUUUUUUUUUAAGCAUUUUAUGCAUUACUUAUAUUUUUAGAAAGGUUUAAAAUUUAAGUUUUUUAAGUUGAUAAUCUGUUAAUCCUACUUGUAUAAAAUGUUAAAUUUGCUUAUUAUUUUUAAGUUUAAGUUGUGUGAUAAAAGAUUCAACAUGAUAGAAUAUAUCAUAUAUGUAUUAUUCCGAGCAGAAAAAUAAAAAAAGGUAAAUAUUUUUAUUUUUACUAAUAUAUUUUUAUAUUACUAUAGUUAGAAAAUCUAAUCAUUCAAAAGACUGCUAAUAUUUUAGUUAUAUGAUAUAAAUGUCAUGUAUUAAAACAAGUGUUGAUUUGAAAAUGCGUUCUUUUUCUAUAAAUAUUAUUUU